AUGGCAUCCUCAGAACGAAAACAAUCUUCCUUCACAACCACCACCAACAACAAGCUCCCACUAAAACAAAUCCCUGGCAGCUAUGGCCCCCCCUUCUUCGGACCGAUCUUGGACCGACACGAUUAUUUCUACAACCAAGGAAGAGACAAAUUCUUCUCAUCAAGAAUCCAAAAAUACAAUUCAACAAUCUUCAGAACCAACAUGCCACCAGGUCCAUUCAUUUCCUCAAACCCAAGAGUCAUUGCCCUCUUGGACGCAGCUUCCUUCCCGAUCCUCUUCGACAACGGAAAAGUCGAGAAACACAACGUCUUCGACGGUACCUUCAUGCCGUCGACAAACUUCACCGGUGGCUACCGUGUGUGUUCACAGUUAGACACAACUGAACCAAGCCAUGCUCUUAUCAAAGGUUUCUUUCUUAAUCAACUGUUGUUGAGAAAAGACUCAUUUGUCCCUCUCUUUAGAAGCAUACUUUCUGAAGCUUUUAAUGAGAUUGAAGAAGGGCUUUCUGGAAAAAAUGGUCCUAAAAUGUGUGACACAUGGAUUCUCUUUCAACUUUUUCCAAUUGAAACCCUAAAACUUCCAAAGAUUUUCAAUUAUCUUGAAGAUCUCUUGCUACGUACUGUUCCAUUUCCUGCUUGUUUGACAAGUUCCUCUUACAAGAAGCUCUACCAAGCAUUUUCUUCUUCAGCUGUAACACUUUUAAAUGAAGCAGAAAAAGCCGGAUUGAAAAGAACUGAAGCAUGUCACCAGCUCAUUUUUAUAGCUUGUUUCAACUCAUAUGGCGGAUUCAAGAAUCAGUUCCCAACACUCUUCAAAUUGGUAGGUUUAAGCGGCCAAGAGCUGCACAAAGAACUCGCAAACGAGAUAAGAACCGUCGUGAAACAAGAAGGUGGAGUAACAAUUCAGGCAUUGGAAAAAAUGGCAUUAGUAAAAUCUGUUGUUUAUGAGACUAUGAGGAUUGAACCGAUUGUUCGUUAUCAAUAUGCAAAAGCAAGAGAGGAUUUGAUUGUGAAGAGUCAUGAUGCUGCUUUUGAAGUUAAAAAGGGUGAGAUGUUAUUUGGAUACCAACCUUUUGCUACUAAGGAUCCUAGGAUUUUCGAUGAUGCUGAGGUUUUUGUUCCAAAGAGGUUUGUUGGAGAAGGUGAAAAGUUGUUGAAGUAUGUUUUGUGGUCGAAUGGGAAAGAAACAGACGAGCCUUCUGUGGAUAACAAGCAGUGUCCUGGGAAGAAUCUUGUUGUGCUUUUGUGUAGAUUGUUCUUGGUUGAGUUUUUCUUGAGGUAUGAUACUUUUACGUUUGAGACUAAAGAAGCUGUUGUGGGUGUUAAUAUUACUAUUACUUCACUCACCAAGGCUUCUUCUACCUGA